CCUUCUUUUUUUUUAAAAAACUUUUUUAUGUGCCGUAAAAAUGUAAGUAACUAUUUAUGCAUGCCAAAACCCACACAGUAUCUAAUCUAAUAUUUUCAGUCCUCUAAAAACUUAGCCUAGCUAAUGGCGUCUUCUCUGUUACCUAUUUCUAAUUCCAGCUCAAGCUUUAUGCUUUCGUUUGCGGCAGCUAUUGUUGUUGUAAUAGCUGUGUCCUUCUUCUCAUUACUUGAUCAAAAUUCAUCAAUUAAUCCAUUAAUAGAGAGAAGGUUUGAAGAAUCAGAAGUAAUUGGAAUAGUGGGCGCUGUUGGGCCAGAGAGCUUUGCCUCUGACCCUCACGGUGAUGGUCCUUACGCCGGCGUUUCUGAUGGCCGAAUUAUCAAAUGGCUCCGAAAUGAGAGCCGCUGGCUGGAUUUCGCCGUCACAUCGCCGGAUAGGAGUGGAUGUGAAGGUUUUCAUGACCAUACUGAUACUGAGCACAGAUGUGGGCGCCCACUGGGUAUGGAGUUUGAUGAAAAUGGUGGUGAUCUAUAUAUAGCAGAUGCUUAUUUAGGCCUCCUCGUUGUGGGCCCAAAUGGAGGCCUUGCUACCAAAGUUGCUAAAAUGGCAGAAGGUGUUCCUUUUGGAUUCACCAAUUCACUCUGCAUUGAUCAAACUCAUGGAGUCCUCUAUUUUACAGAUAGCAGUACUACAUUCUCAAGAAGGAGUUAUGUAUCAGUCAUAGUUAGUGGGGACAACACAGGAAGGCUAAUGAAAUAUGACAUGAAAAGCAAGCUAGUCUCAGUUCUCCUCAAGAAUCUCAAGUUCCCAAAUGGAGUAGCCAUGAGCAAACAUGGUGAUUUCCUCCUUUUUGCAGAGACAACCACUUGCAAAAUCUUCAAGUUUUGGCUACAAGCUGGCAGUGUUGAGGUUGUCUCAGAACUCCCAGGUUUUCCAGACAACAUUAAACGGAAUAAAAAUGGAGAGUUUUGGGUGGGAGUUAACUCAAGAAGAAGCAAAUUCUUGGACUGGCUUCUCUCCAAAACUUGGAUUAGAAAUUAUUUGGCUAUAAUCCCUUUUGAUAUUACUAAAGCCCAUUCCUUCUUGGCAAGUCUUGGUCUUGGUGGGGGUGGUUUAGCAGUUAGACUUAGUGAAGAUGGCCAUAUAGUGGAGAUUUUAGAGGACUCAAAGGGCAAAAGAUGGAAAUUUGUCAGUGAAGUAAAUGAAAUAAAUGGGAAUUUGUGGGUUGGAUCAGUAAAAAUGCCAUUCGCAAUUAAAGAGAAGAUGGCUACUUAAUUAUCUUUUCCUCUUGGAAGAGAGAUACAAAUGUAGUUCGUGACAAUUACAAGAUGUAUAUUUCCAAGAAUUUUGCCUGAAACUGUUUUAAGUUUUAACAAAUGGAAUAUACAUGUAUAUUAUAUGUUUUAUUUUAGCCAA